AUGAUUUUUGCUGCGUCAGUAUUCGAAGAUCUGUCGAUCAGUGAGACGUAUAAACGAUUUAAAGAAGAGACGGAAUUCGAUUUGGCCGAGGAAAGAGAAAGCGACCUAUAUAAAUACAUGAAAAUGCAUCGCAUUUACAAUAAAACUUUGGCGAAAUGGAUGAUGAACAGAAGCCGGAAUAGCGGCAGUAGUGGGGAAGUGGUGCUUUAG